GCAUUUUAACAUUUACAAUUGGAAUAAGGCAUAACUGAAAGUCCCACAUUGGAGGUACAAGUACAUGGAAAUGGCUCUGGGCAGCCAACUGGUGAUUUCGUUUGCGAUUAUUCUGAUUUUGAUUGUCAUACAAUGCUCUGGAGAAGAAAAAAAAUGGAACAUUGUCAAGGGGACGAAUGAACUUAGUCGAGCAAAACUUGCAUACAUCGAAGACUCUGUAGAAGUGUGUAAGAACAAGAACACGAUUUUCAAAUUCAUCGCCAAGUUCACAGCUCUUACAAUUGGGAGUAACAACUUAGGGGUGCGUAUAGAAGUUCAUACACAGAAGAACACGAACAACUGGCUAAAUCAAAUUGGUAAUGUACUUACCUUUAGAGAUCCCAAAUUCGUAGGAGUCUACGAGGUUGAAAAUGUCAUCUUAAGCAACCUAGAGAAUAAGAAAAAGUUGCAUCAAGACGUAGAAAAUGUGUGCGAAUAUAUCAAUGUGGACAAGAGAGAUUUUUACGGCAUGCCAUUAUACCUUAUUAAGUUCCUUAAUGCAGGGAAAUGGUGGUGUGACACAUAUUAUGGCAAUGAUCUGAGAUACAUAGCAAUGGACGAGUGUAACGAGAUUAUCAAGGAUUACGAUGCGGGAAAGAAAUAUAUAGUCAAAUAUUCUUCAGUGCCCGAUAAAACUAAAUGUGACAAAAUGAAAUUGACGAAAAAUAAUGCUUUGUUUGAAAUCGAAGCUCUAUCCUGCCGCCAACAUAGCACCGAUUCAAACAAUCUCUGGUUGGUUGUAUAUUACAAAGGCUAUGCAAUAGAAUACUUCACCUUGACUCUCCGCGAAAACAAGCCUAUAAAGCUUAGUGAUGUGGAUAGCAACCUAGUGCUCAGGCUCAUCAGAAUAAGAGGAGAGGAAAAGCAAAAAGAUUACAAGAGAAUAUCUGUUCAGUACUUAAACGACGGAUAUUGGAAUUGCCGAGUAUACACCGAUCACGCCUGGACAUCAGAUAAGGGUUACAGGAUCGACUUUGGGGAAGCAAUCAAAUCGGCUUUUACAUUCUCCUGGUACUGGUGUGAAAAAUUCUGUACCUAUGAACGUCCGUUCGCCGUCAAAGAGGUUAUCCCACCUAGCGACAUGAAUGAAACAAAUUAACUAAACUACGUUGGCGAUUGGCAUCCUGCAUGCUUGUUGAAGAUUGACAUUUUGACUACUCGCUUUUCAACAGUGCAAUGUUCAAUAUAAUAGUGCAGCAGAUUUGUUUUUUCAUUCUAUAAUGUAAAUAAACAACCACAAAAAAAGAGAAAACGAUUGAUUUAUUUCUUGUGUUGAGUAUAAACUUUCUUUCAAAUAGGUCACUAGUAUAUAUCUUAACGAAUCACAGGGGCUUGUAGGGACAAAAGUCCCUAAAAAGCUCAAAAGUAAUACAAAUUAUUGUAAUAUUUAAACAAACUCAGAAGGAAAUUAUCUAUCUGUCAGGA